GCAUCAACACCACAUAUAUGAAAGAGCUGAAAGUUAGAACUUGGUUGGUCAUGUUGAUCCUGCCUAAGAAGUGGAUGUGCUGAAUAAAGAGAGAAAUAAAUGCUUAACAGAAGAACACCAUGUCUGGAGAACAUCUCAACCAACAAGACCUGCAUGUGGUGGUCAUAGGUCCAAUUGAAUCAGGGAAGACAUCCAUAAUAAACAGUGUGCUUGGUGAGCCAGAUGAGUCAGAAAAAAAGACAGGUGACUGUGUGAAGAGAGAGGGGGAGGUUGGUGGCAGAAAGCUCAUUUUUAUAGAUACCCCAGGUUGGAUCAGGUAUUUUCCUGUAAUUGACACCGCGGAGGUUAUCAAGCAUAAGAUAGUGCAGAGUGUGUCUUUGUGUCCACCAGGACCUCAUGCUUUCCUUCUGGUCAUUGGCAGUGAUGUCCCAUUUACUGAGAAGAACAGGAGGUCUGUAGAGGAACACAUGGGCCUCUUUGGGGAGAACAUUUGGGAACACACCAUAGUGGUGCUCACUAGAAAAGAAUAUCUGGAGGGUAAAAGCAUAGAGCAGCACAUUGAGAGUGAGGAAGGGGCUCUGAAGUGGGUACUAGAGAAAUGUGGGAACAGGUUUCACAUGUUAAACAUUGACAGUAGAGAAGGUUUUAACGAAGUAGAUAAGAUAUUGGAACAAUUUGAUAUUUUAGCAAAGAGUAGGAACAGGCAUUUUGAGCUUGAUGAGAAAAUAUUGAGGGAAGUUGAGGAGAAGAGGAACACCUACAGGGAGAGAGCAGAACAGAGACGACAGAAGGUUCAGGACCAAAGAGAAAUACUACAGAAAUAUGAUACCAUACCAUCACUACCAGAACUAAAGAUUCUUCUGUUGGGAUGGUUGUUCUCUGGAAAAACAUUCGCAAAGAAUAUCAUUUUUGGCCAAGUGGAAGACACAAAGAUAAGUAGAACGUAUCAGUCUGAGAGAAGAUCUGCAGAAGUUGCUGGAAGACGAGUAUCUGUGGUGGACACCCCUGGCUGGUGGAAGUACUUACCUGCCAAAUGCACUCCAGCAUGGGUGAAGACAGAGUUGCAGAAAGGGCUGACCCUUGAUUCCAAAGCUCCUCAUGCCAUUCUUCUCGCUAUCCCAGCAGACACAAGUAUCCUGGAGGAACAGAGAAAGAUCACCGAAGACAACAUGAAGGUAUUUGGUGAUGAUAUCUGGAAACACACCAUGGUGCUGUUCACAUGUGGGGACCUGCUAGGAGACACAACUAUUGAGGAGCACAUUGAGAGUGAAGGAGAACCACUGCAGUGGCUUGUGGAGAAAUGUGGGAACAGAUAUCACAUCCUGAGUCUGUAUGACAAAGAGGAUGAAGUAACGGAGCUGCUGAAGAAGAUUGAGGAAAUGGUGGCUGGUAACAGUUUAUUUAGGCCAGGGCCAGAACCACAAAAACCUGUGUGUAAAAAGUCCACCGAAAAUCUGAUGGAAGUACCAAGAGAGUUGGUGAUUUUCUUGGAUCAAAAAUGGCAGACAAUGGAUAGAGAACUAGAGAUGAAGAUUGGGACUAUCUGCAGGGAAACAACUCCAAAGGUUACAAGUACAAGAAGUAUUGAUACUCCCGAUAUAGAGUUCAGAGAAAAUCACCCAUCCUCUGAAAACACUUCAGGAGAAGGCACCAGUCCACCAAGGCCAUCUGAUCCAAAAUCAGCCAUCAAGAAAUCUGGCAUUAAUGCUGCCACAGUUCCCCCAUGUCACCAGGCCAACCAGGACUUGAAGACCAGGAGCAGACCAGUGAUAAACUUGCUGAUCAGAUGGAAAGAACGAAACAGAUGUUUGAGAGGGAGUGGGGGAGGCGAGAGUUUGGCAUCACACAGAGAUUUCAGCGUCAGAUAUCAGAGCUUAGAGAAUCUGGGUCUGAAGCUGAUGUGCAUGACCUUAACCUAUCAUACAGAAAGGUCGUCUGGUGGAUGCAUCGUAAAUCAUCAGGAAUUGCCUCAGAUCUACACUCAGUUGACUUAGAGGACAUAGUGGAAAUGGAUGUAACUCAAUUUUAGUUGUAUCUGAGGCAAAAUAAAAUUUACAGUAUACAGUACAUUAUCAUGAUCAUCGCUAGUUUGCACUGUGUAUUGAAACAGCUUGUAAAUACCAUGGGUACAAUUUGGAAUUACAGUAGAUACAAUUUAAGAUUAACUAUGUUUUGCUAAGGUCAAAUCACUGUCAUCUCACUGUUGUCAUGUGUUACUAAAACAAUGUGGCAAUGUUUUCUUCCAAUUGAUUCAGUGUAAUAGAGAAUAAACUGUCAGAAGUGGUAACAACUUGGGCAAAUAUUUGUUUUUCUCGUACUCACAAUACUCGGUGACCUCGAGAAACAGAGAUCUAUAAAAUAUUGUCUUAUUUUUCCCCAAAGCUUUGUUAAGCUAUAGGCGACAUUUUCUAAGUAGAUUGCCCAUCACUGGGACCUGGUAAUACUACAGAAACAAAUGAGACUUAUUUUACAGUAGUUGAAUCUUAAAUGCUUACAGUAGGUUUAACUUGACAAUGUUGUGGAAUGUAUAUAAAUGUGUAUGUAAGAAUCUGAAAUUGUAUGGAAAGAGAAUACUAUUUUUACAGAACAGUUUCAUCUUACCUACAUGUAAUAAUAAAA